UGUACUGCAACAUCAGUCUGACAUCAUUAUUACAGAGUAACUGGGAGGAUCUGUGCGCAUUGCCCUUUAAGAUGCGUCUGUCAUCCCUCAGCUAAUGGAAAGUCACUCGGCCUGUUUCCCCGCUGCAGAUCUGCUCGGUACAGCACGGCCUGUCCUAGCUAGCAGAGAAGGGAGGGAGGCAUUUUCUGUCGGCCGAAAAUCCAGGAAGGAAGGGGAGAGGACAACGAGGACGGAAAUAAGAGAGAGGAGGGGGCUGUCCAAAAAGGAAACUCUACCCCUUUAAGAGCAAGUGGGACAUAGCGGUGCGAGAAAAAGGAGAGGAGGGGGAGAAGAAAGAGGAAUUAAAAAAGAAAAGGAAGAAAGAGACAGGGAGGGAGGAGGGAGAGCGGGCGAUAAAAAAAGAAAGAUGACAUCCUCGCAGCUGAACGGCCGAGGUGGAGCGGUAGGCUGCGGCCCGGCGAGAGCGCCGCUCGCCGGGGUCAGGGCUUGAAUCCAGCAGCGAGGCUUCGACAAAACACCCGACCGGCCUACCGGGGUUUCGGAAAUCGGGAAAAAUAGACUCUAAAUUUCAAAAAAGCAAAGCAUGACCUGCUGUUUUGACAGAUAUUAUAACUCAUAUUUGUUCUCUGGCGUAAAAAAACUGCUUUUAUUUUCCUGUUUUGUGUGUAUCGCUAAAGAGUAAAAACUGCACGGUUCGGUUGUUUUUGCUCGUUUUCAGGGUAUUCCUGUGGUGGGAUUGUACGUAUUUAACGAGCUUUGUUUGUUUUUGUUCUAUUAGUGUUGGGAAUCAUUAAGUUAAAGGCCAAAGUGAAUGAGACAGCAGGCCGUUGUUGGACUGGGCCUGCUCCACCUCUGCAGCCUGCGUUAGUCCCGACAGCUGCGCGCAUUUUAACCCACAGCUCUACCUCAAUGAGAAAACCCGACUUCAGCACACGGCUUAGUUCGCACUUUACGACAGAACCCGGGAGCCCAUCGUUCCUGCUGUGGGCCGGGCCUCCGUCCGCGACCCGAUCACCACUGGAGGGCCGAUCCGAGCCAUGCGAAGGCUGGUUCCCAAGACCUCAAUCAGGAGCUGACUUCAUAAUCUCCACCGCUGUCUGUUGCGCAAAAUGGAUGCUGCUUGGAGCAAUUUUCUCUUCCAGAAUACUCCCACCCAAAACCAAGUGGAGGGGAGCCUCCAAUCAGAGCUCAUGCAAGUGCAUACGAGUUCUCCCCAGACCCCACCCACAGAGCACAUAGCACAGCCUCCUUCAACUGUGGACACCACUGCUCUGAGUGAGGAACCCCUGCCUGAGCCGGUGAAGCCAGCGCCUCGGCCGGCCCGCGUGCAACACAUCUGUGCCAUCUGCAACAAGCAGUUCAAGAACAACUACAACCUGCGGCGGCACCAGUCGGUCCACACUGGGGUACGCAUGAAGGACAGGGCCAGAGUGCAGGCGGAGGGAGCAAAGGAGGGAGCCGCUGGCCAGGUGGUGGUGGCGGCGGUCCCGCCGGCGAUGGCGGUGGGGGCCGGAGGGAGGGCAGAGAGGCCCACUAUUCCCCUCUCCCUGCUGCACCUCUCCGUGCCUCCCCCUCUCGCCCCUCCCGGCGUGCUGGCGGGCACCCAGCAGCCUCCCCUGGGCGGUCAGGAUGGCGAAGGGGUUGCCAUGCCAAACGUCAUGGCCACUGUUAACCCUCAUGCUCCGCCUCCUGCUGCUGUCGUCAUGGCCACAGGGGCGACAGUACAGCGGCCCUCAAACCCCAACCCCAACCCUGUGAAGAAGAACCACGCCUGCGAGACGUGCGGUAAGGCCUUCCGGGACGUCUACCACCUCAACCGCCACCGCCUGUCCCACUCGGAUGAGAAGCCCUUCUCCUGCCCUAUCUGCCAGCAGCGCUUCAAAAGAAAGGACCGCAUGAGCCACCAUGUGCGCUCCCACCAGGGCGGGGUAGAGAAGCCCUACAUCUGCCCUCACUGUGGCAAGGCUUUCUCCAGGCCUGACCAUCUCAACAGUCAUGUCAGGCAGGUGCACUCCUCAGAAAGACCUUUCAAAUGUCCAACUUGUGAGUCUUGUUUUGCCACCAAGGAUCGCCUGCGAGCACACAUGAUUCGACACGAGGAGAAGGUGCCGUGCCACAUCUGUGGGAAGCUCCUGUCCGCCGCCUACAUCACCGAUCACAUGAGGGUGCACAACCAGUCGCAGCACCACGUCUGCCACCUCUGCAACCGCAGCUUCACCACAUUGACGUACCUCCGCGUCCACGCCCAGAAGCACCACGGCCAGGAGUGGAAGGAGAGCCCCAGCGGCUUCGGCGGCACGGCCUCAGGCGGUGUUCUCGUCUGCCACCUGUGCGGCGUCCAGUGUAAGACGCCCACCCAGCUCCAGGGCCACAUGGGCACCCACAGCACCAGCCAGGCCGCGCCGAGCCCCGUCACCUCCAAUGUGGCCGCCGGCUGCUCCGUCUCCCUCAGCAACAUGGUGACGGCGGCGCCCACCAUGUACGUCACUGGGAACACGGUGGUUGACCUGCUCGUCACGGACUGCUCUAGCAUCGCGGCGCCGCAGUCCCACAGUUAGCAGGAUGGAUCUGAAGCAAGUCUGUGGUGGUUACUUGUAGAUUUUGAUUCGGUUUCAUGUUUUUUUCUUCUUUUCAUUGGCACUUAGGUGUAAGGGUUAAAAUCUCGGAGAGAAAAAACAGCUUAGAAAAAGAGUUUUGCUGCAGAGCUGGAGGAUCAAAGAAGACAUCAUGAAAAGAGGCUGCAGCAGGGUCACCGACACUAAUGACAAACAUGGAUGUGCUAUCCAAAUAUUUCCGAAUGAAGACUCUAAUGAACAUGUGGUUAUCCUCUCUCCCCUCUCUGUCUGAUCUUCCCCAUCACCCCCCUGUUUCUUGGCAUCGGCUGCUCUCUACAACUGUACCAAGUACCGGUACUGUAAAUCUCACCAGCUCUGAUCUUACCUCCAUUUUAGCAACUCGCGUACCGAGAGUACUGAAAAUCCAAAUGGUUUGUGUCGAGAUGUUUCAGGUGGAGGAAACAUUAGAAGGGAAGGUGUGUGUUUGCGUGUGUGCAAGUUGGAGCUCCUCUCGCAUGUUUGUUUUAUUUCACAAGAUGGAGAUGAAAAUUAGAUUUUAACGCUAGCUAAAUGUCUUUUUACUAUAGAUGGAUAUGGAGUUAAUCAGGAAAGAAGAUCCACCUGGAGGAGAUGCUCAUUUGUUUCUUAAAGGUAGAGAAAUACAAAAAAUAGAGAUGUUAUUCCGGAGCAUCAAGCACCUUAAAACUGUCGGACUUGGUAAGGACGGAGGUUUGAGUUUUCUUGGAUUGUUUUGCUCUGAGUCUUCCUCUCUGGGUCGGGCUUUUACAGAAAAAAUCUGCUAAUCAGCACUUCGGCUUCUGAACUACCUUUCUGCAUGAAAACAAAAUAAACCAGACGAGCUCGGCCAUGUUUAUUGUUAGAGAACUGUCAUGACGAGAAUAAAAUUUAGCAGUUCCACUAAGUUAGCUGUAGAUGAUAAUAUUUAUGAAAAAGUUGAUUUUACUCUGAAUUUUUCCACGUAGAUUGCCAUUCACUUGAUUGCAGUUGUCAUUGCCAUAGACUUUUUUUUAUUUUAUUUUUUAUUUUUGUUUUCUCUCUGUUCCAGUUCAAUGGGUGAAACUUUUUUUUUUUUUUAGAUUUAGCCUUUUAACUCUCUGCAUCGCACUUGUUUUCCACAUCAGUCGUGUAAUGAACGGUCGGUUGCCCGUCGUGAGGGACGCGUGGUGUCGAAAGGGCUCAAAAGGUCGACGAAAUAAGGACAAUAAGAGUCAGUGAUGAUUGCAGUUUCAGUUUUGUGUUCAUUUCCUACCUUGAUAUGUGUAGAGUUGUUUCUUUGUUUGCUCCUUUCUUUGGAAAUGUGUUCUUCCUGUUGAGAAACAUUGUGAUUUAUUGGAAAUUAAUUUUAGGUUUUCUCCAUUACACUAAAAAAAAUAAUAAUAAUGAUACCUCUACUCUAGGCUUCUGUACAGCUCUUGUCUCUUACAUCUUUAAUGCCUUAUCGUACUCAACUGCAUUUUAAUUCUUUUAUGAAAAAACAUUUCAGAUCUUAGUCAUGGAUUCAUUAAGAAUAUUAAGGGGAUGUAUUUAUAUUUAUAUUUUUAUAUUUCUCAACAGUAUGCAUGUCUAAAAAGUUGUUAGAGCAAAAAAAUCGAUGCUUAUUACAGUCAUUGUUUUAUUGUUUUUGGGUUUUUUUUUUGUAGAUCAAGUAGAGAUCAUGUUAUUUUAUAAUUUGGACAGUUUAAAGUAAAAAUAUUAAACAAGAA